AUUUGUGGAAUGAAGAAUGUUUUUUUGUCCAAUAUCGCGAUUUAUUUGUUUCGAUGACGUGCUCUCUAAUACAAAAAUAUUAUUUUACUAGGAUAAUAAUUGCAAAUAAUGUGAUCUGGUCCUGAAUAGUUUAGCGGACAGUUUCCACUGUGAAUAUUAUUAAUAAGCCGGAAUUUAUAGGUUAUAAAGUCCGAACGCCAAUUCGUCAUCAAUUUUCAUUUGGUUAGCUGUUAUGCCAAACUUAUUUUUAGACUGUAAAAUCGAAUUAACGAAUCUUAAUUAAGUGUUACGAGUGAUACUGAUUAGUUUUAGCGGAACCUGAAGUGAGAAAAUGGGUCUAAUCAUAUCCAGAUUUCGGCGCAAGAAAACCACCACAGAAGUGCUGGAGACCCUCGAAACGAAGAUAAAAAGCAUCGAACAAGAUGGGCAGUACAAGGAGCAAACCCACAAGAGGGUCAUAGGCUACGUCAUGGCGUAUUCCGUAGGCCUAUACGUGCUAUUCGCGAUAUUAUACUACUUUAUGUACGUGGGAAGGAGUCACCAUUGGCUGCAUUCACUGUUAUACGCCUCCCCGUUGCUGGUACUGCCUGUGUUAGUAAUAUUCCUACGAUCCGGUAUAUCCUGGUACUACAACUGGACACUGAACAAGAAUAGAAUAAAACUGAACAAAAUGCGGGAAGAAAAGAAGAAAAUACUCGAAGAGGUUAUGAACACGGAAACAUACAAGGUCGCCAAAGAAAUCCUGGACAAAUACGGGAGCCCUGAGGAGCAGUCGAAAGCGUUGAAACCGUUCCAGCCGACCACAAACGUGCCUGGUAAACCCCCUAGCCCGCUAUCGCCAAUCCCAGCUACUCCAGGCCAGUUGAGACAGCGACAAUUGGUUCUGCAGAGCUCCACGCCGAUUAGCAACAACGUUGGACAUGGGAACAACGCGCUUGCUGUUUACAACGGACCUAGACUCAGGUCGGAUCAGCUCCCGCGGCCGCUUCCUGACAGGAACCGGUCAGCGCUGGACAAAGUGGUUGACUACCUGCUCAAAGACGGUCCGGGCAACAGGAUGGCGCUUAUUUGCCGGGAAUGCUCUUCGCACAAUGGCAUGGCGAUGAUAGAAGAAUUCGAUUACGUGUCCUACGCGUGUGCCUACUGCGGGAAGUUCAACGCGGCCCGUAAGCAGCGCCCGCAUGCCCCCCUACUAACGCCCGUCAGAGCCCUGCCCGCUAUACCUAGGAGGUCCUUAGGUGGCAGCGGAGACGAGUCUUCCAUCGCUAGCUCGGGCAGCGAAAGUGACGACGAGAAAAAAAAUGACGUUUCUAAAGUACCAACAGGCUCCGAACCGGAAUCCGACCGGCCCCCUUCGCCGUCCGAAGGGGACCCGAAAUCGGCCGCCGAGAAGAAGCAAGACUGAUCCAUACCACACCAGACUCAGGGUAUCCCGGGUAUCGGAUACUCUAUCGGUAUCCACGGAUACCCGGGGCUUAGAUUGAUAACGCCUAGAUGGAUUGUGUUCAUACAACGCUUGGUGUAAAGUGAGGCCAAUGACGUCAUUGUAUAGUUCGCGCAACGAGUGUUGAGCCGAUUAACACAAGCAAAGAUUUGUAUCUGUCGCACUGAGCUCUUGCGUAAUUUGCCUGACAAGUGCUUUCUGUCUUGCUUGCACACUUAGCAAGAGCGAGCUAGUGUGUUCGAUAUUUGAACUUCAAUGUGUUGUGUGUGUUCUGUAUUCAAAUAUAACCUCAGUGUGAGUAAAUGAUCGUCUCAACUCUUGCUGUGCGAUCUAUACAUAAAUUUUCACUAGUGUGUGAUUUUGACAACUGUCAGAACGUAUGAAAAAAUGAGACAAUGGUCUAGUUUAAAGUGCCUCGCUUUUCUUGUGCUAACUCGGUUUCUAGGCGUUAUAAUUCUAUGAAUUAUGUGAGCGGGGAUACGGACAUUAUGUGAGAAUGGGGGCUAUAUCUUCUUUACUCAAAAAAAUUAAAACCAACUCUCGCGAAAGUGACGCCGCCCUGGUGGCGGAAAAUGAAAGCCCCAUUUAGGACAUAUCCCAAUACCACAGCUACAUUAGUUUCGACAAAGAACCGAAGUUAGCAGAGUAGUGUAGACACUUCGUGUGCAAACUUCGGCUGCAAGCCUUGACUUGGGCGUAAUUAAAUACCCACAAUAAUCUGAAGUCGGGCGAGGCGAGGCGAGGUUUGAAGCGAAGUGCGUGUCUACACUAUCUUCUUCGUGAGUAGUGUAGCUGAGGUUUAAAAUUCGGACACUCCGUGCUGUGUGCGUUACAAUCUAAAUUAUUAGCAAAUUCUAGAUAAAAAAAUACGGGCGUGAAGUUUAGGAAAGUAUCAAAAUUCGGAUAAUUAGAAUUUAGGUUUGUGUCAAUCGGCUGUUUUAAAUUGGUAGCACAAUAUCCUAAGUAUAAAAGAUUAUAUUGACAUCAUAAUGGAUACAAUUCGGGCUAUACAAACCAGUUGGCGCCUUUGGCGAGAGGUCCUUUUACUUGAUAGUGGCGUCAACUGGUGAUCACUCAAACUAUCGGACACACCAUAUUUGAACUCACCAGUUGGCGCCGAGUUGGCGUUGAGUGAGGUCCUCUUAGUCGAAAUUGGCGCCAACUGCAGGUAAGCACUUAAAUGAGAGGCUUUUUUUAGAGGUAUUUUUACUACCAGUUGGCGCCACUGGUGUAAAUAGUUGUAACACUAGAAAAUGGCGCCAAUUGGUGGCGCAUAUACCUAGCCACAUUAAAUGUCCGACCGAAAUAUUGAAAAGUUUGGAAUAUCUUUACAAUUCAAGUUUGCUACACAAGAUGGUUUGGAUUAGUCAUGUGAUUGUGCUAGUUGUAAAUAGCAUCACGUUCGGUGUUCAUCUGCCAAUAAUCGAUAUACAGGGUGGCCCAGACCAGAUGGAUAUUUUUUUUUAGAAAGUUGGAUUAGGGACCAAUCAGGCUCCGCACGAAAAAAAACGCUUCCUAUUAUUUUAUUUGAAGACAUGGAAAUAUAUAUUUUUUGUUUUCUAAUGAUAAUUUCUUUUUUAUUGCAACUUAGACACUGUACUUUCUCAAAAAUCAUAAAACUCUCUCUCAAUUCAGAAUUUCAGAAUGAUAUGCAGCAAGAUAACUAUUUUGUAAGAGUGACUUGGUUCGAACUUUUUGUUGAGCUCGAUUAAUUAUAAAAUAAAGUGAUUCUCAGCACUUUUUUCCUGCUGGGGUCCUAUAUGUCCCUAAUCCUACGUUCUAAAAAAAUGUAUAUCCGUCUGGUCUGGGCCACCCUGUAUAAACUUGAAGACAUCUGAAGUAAUAAGUUUACCUACAUUAGACAGCGUAUCAACUCAGAUUCUGAACCUUAUUUCAAAGACAAAAGACCCAUUUAGGAAA